AUGACACAUAACUCCACAAAUGAAGAACCAAAAAGAUUUGGUUUAGAAAACCAAGUGAAAAGAAAUCCUCAUAAAGAUUUUGGGAAAGUUGAAGCAUCAAGAGAGCCUUUUGAAACAGAUGUUGUAUGGCAUUACACCAAAAUUCCAAAAACUGAUUGGGUUCCUGGUACUGGUGCAAAUGAUAAUGAAUGGUCCAAAUAUGAAAAAAUUUCAAUAGAUCCAUUUGGUGAAGAUCGUAAUCCUGUUGAUAAUUAUAAAUUGUUAAUCUCAGCUGUUGUGCCUAGACCUAUUGGAUUUGCAUCAAGUGUUUCUGCUAAGGGUGAAAGAAAUUUAGCACCUUUUAGUUAUUUCACAAUGGUUAAUCAUGAUCCACCAAUUUUUGUUAUUGGAUUUUCUGGAGGUAGAGGUAAUCCAAAAGAUACCUGUAAGAAUGUUUUAGAAACUGGUGAAGUCACUAUAAAUAUUAUUAGUGAAUGGUUUGUGGAAGCUGCUAAUUUUUGUUCAACCAAUUCUCCACAUGGUGUUGAUGAAUGGAAGUUGAGUGGAUUGACUCCAGUUAAAUCAAAUGUUGUGAAGCCUGAACAUGUUAAAGAAAGUGCAUUUUCCAUUGAAGGGAAUUUGAUUCAUAGUCAUGAAUGGAAAUCAAAGAAAGAUCCAUCUAGAGCCACUGGUACGUUAUGUAUAAUAGAAGGUGUUCAAUUUCAUGCAAGAGAGGAUGUUAUCAAUGAUGACUUGAAUAUUUUGGAUAUGGCUAAAUUGAAACCUGUGAGUAGAUUAGGUGGUAUAACAUAUGCAAGAACAACCCAAGGUUUUGAAAAACCAAGACCAGAUUACACUAAAGAUGUUGAAGAAAAACCAGAAGUUAAGAAAUUAAUAGAAGAGUAA